CUACGAUUGCUUUUGGUGUAUAGGUUUUAUGAGUAUUUCUGAGUAUACGCUAUUCGUUUGACCUUGCAUCAAGUUACACCCAAUUCCUUCUGACCAACCAUCGUCAAUCGCAUCUUGAUCUACUGUUAUUAACCACCAUGAACAACAGGCCUGUCGAACAAGCGCUGGCCACGCUACUGCCUACACACGCGCAAGACCUCCCACAAGAACUACUGAGUCUCGCCAUAUCACUCGUCGCCCAAUCGCGCAGCUUCUCAAGCAGUCUCAAGCCUGAAGAAGAGAUCGCCCGGCCGUAUGCGUGCGCUGAAAUCGCUUGCAAGAGACUAACCCGCGCUCUCAAACUCCCCCCUCUCCUCGGCCACCCUCCAUGCCCCCCUCGCGCCUACAAAAAGCUCUACGCCUUCCUUGACCGAUCCCUCUCUACCGGGAAUGCCCGCGCAAGUGCCUCCGCCCCAGGGACACCAUCUCGCACCGGAUCAACACCCUCAACACCAAGAAAGGGCACGCAAAGGACCCCAUCAAAGACCACCGCAACUGCUACUCCGCGAGGGAUACAACAACAACACCAACAACAACUACACCAACAGAAUACGCCCACGAAAUCCACCCCUCUCAAGCGCGCACUCUCACACACCGACACCGACAGACCCUCACCAUCCCCUCGACCCCAGAAAAUCCCCAAGUUCCGCGCAAAUGGCCUCUCCGGCUCAACCAUCAUCCCCGACGCCCCUAGCUGGGUGAUGACUUCCAUCCGAACAGUCUGCAAGACGCUCUCGACACCCGCCCCGCGCAUGAGCACAUGGUCUCGACCACCUAUCUCGAGAACUCUCCCGCCUCACAUCUUCGCCGGUGUAUCUACCAUCCUGUACUUGAUAUCCGAAGCGACGGCGAAACACGACGAAGAGAUCGACGAGGAGAUGAUGGAGUUCCUCGAGCCCGUUAUCCUAGCCAAGGAUAAAGAGAACGAUGAGGAUUUCAAGGAGAUCAUCAAUGCGUUGAUUGUUGCUGUGUAUUUCCUUGUGCUUGCUCGUCGCCGACAACCGGGGUCAUCGGACGAUGAUGGUGCCAAGGAGGCAGCGGAGGCGAAGAAGAUGGAUAAGAAGACGUUCUCGGAGAUGCGACAGACCGCGCUGGUUAGUCUGGGCCUUCCGUCGACGGAGAGGCGGCAUCGGGAGGAUGUGGAUCAGUGGAUUGCGUUGGUUAUGGAGCAGGGGUGGGCUCAUGGGAAGGAGUGGUUUGAGAAUGUGCCGUUGGCUGGGGAGUUGGAUGGCGAUGAGGGCGCUCUUGGGGAUGAGCUGGUGGGUGGGGUUGCCGAGGAGGAUGUGGGUAGGGGCAGGUUGAUGGUCUCUGGGAGGGGGGCUUUGAUUGCGGGCAAGUCUUCCAGACGAGGACUGCUUCCGGGGUUGGGGACUAUGAUGCAAGAUCGGGUGGAUUGGUUGAGUGAGGAUCGGAGGGAGGAUUAUCUCGAGUGGAAGGCGGAUAUGGUGGCGCGGAUUGAGCAGAUGGAGAGGACGGCUCAGGCUGCUUGA